UCUCCUCUUUCAUCUCGAGGAAUGCUUGGACAGCAAUCGUUCAGUGCAAUGGGUUCUGCUGAAAAGUCUUUACUAGCUAUGCCACCUCAUCAAUCUAAUGAAAGUUUUCAGAAAGUUUAUGAAGUGGUGCUGAUAUUGGAUGAUCGAGAUACUUUCGGGCCCCGUUCCAGAAGAAAAGUUGUUGAUAAUAUACGCUCGCAGUUUAAUAUUCCUGUAGAGAUUAAACACUUGCCUGUUGGAGAUGCUCUUUGGAUUUCUCGCCAUAAAGAACUUGACACGGAGUAUGUUCUUGAUUUCAUUGUUGAAAGGAAAAAUGUGGAUGAUUUACUUGGCUCAAUUAAAGACAAUAGAUACAAAGAUCAAAAACUAAGACUGAAGAAAUGUGGGCUAAGGAAGCUAAUAUAUCUAGUUGAAGGAGAUGUAAACACUGUAGAUGGAUCUGAGAGCGUUAAAACAGCCUGCUUCACUACUGAGGUUCUUGAAGGAUUUGAUGUCCAAAGAACAACUGGGUAUGCUGAUACCGAAAAGAAAUAUGGCCACUUCACACGCUCGAUAAUUGACUACUACAGCAGAAACUUCUCUGCUGGUGCUGACAGCUCUCGAGUUUGCCUGACUUACGAUGAGUUUGUGAAAAGGUGUUCUGACCUUGAGAAGGUCACUAUGAGCGACAUAUUCGCCCUUCAGCUUAUGCAGGUGCCACAAGUGACAGAAGAAGCUGCUCUUGCUGUCACGAGUCUCUACCCCACUCUUCCCUCACUUGCUAAGGCGUACACCAUGCUUGUGAGUCCUCUUUUCCUUUCAACUUAUACAAUGUUCUUUACAUAUAGAACUUAUACAAUGUUCUUCACAUAUACAACUUAUACAAUCUUACUUACGCAUUGGAACAGAUGUGACCAGCAUGCCCAGGAGGAGAUGCUGAAGAACAAGAGCGACAUGGUCAACGCAGGGGCUAGCAAGAACAUCUUCAAGCUCAUCUGGGUGGAAGGAUGA